AUGUUGCGAACAGCCCACCCGAUGUAAAACACCAGCCGAUCACGCAAGCGAAGUUCGCGCUAUCCGGCAGCAACCGUGAGGAAACUCAGGAUUAUCGGCUUCUCGCACCGCGGCCCCACCGCACAGAUUAGGAUCGCCGAAUCGCUUACAGCGAUCAGCAACGGCGACGCGGGAAUCGAUAUGGUGAUAACGGUCGGAAAAGCGCUAGGCAGGGAACGCAAAUGCGCCGUCGACGAUAUCUCCAUGAUUGACAAGACCGCUGUCGUCGCCGGGGGUGAUACUCAGGGCGGUUUUCCGGAACGCCUGCUGUAUUUGAAGGUGGAGCUCAUUGGUAAGCUUUGCGGGAAAUGCACGAAUAUUGGGGUCGCGUUCGUGAAUACCCCCCCCCCCCAAGUAUGGCUCACGAAGAAUGAGGGCAGGGCGUAUGGAUAUGAGGGAGCGACAUUGAGGGAUUUGAGGACCAUGGGGGAGAGCUGCCGUAAAGACGUGUAA